AUGCCAAAGACAAACAAGUCCGACGUCAAAGAAUUCCACGUCAAUGUCGAUGAUGCCAAGGCUCAGGCCAAGGCUGCUGGCUUUACCACGGGCAAGAGGGGCGAUCCUCACGACUUCAAGAAUAUCGACAAGAUCCAAUGGGGUGUGAAAGGAUGCAACAAGCUCGAGGCAGAUAUGUAUGAGUAUCCAAUCUUUUGGGAAGGAGCGAAGGUCAAGCAGUGGAAAAAGGACGAAAAGACCAGUGAUCAGGGGAAAACCCCGAUCCGAGUUGUGUAUGUCCAGACGAAGGACAAACAGCUCACGUUCUGUGGCGUCAUGAUUCAUGUCGACGUCCUCGCCAACUACCAGGGUGAGGGGUUUCUCGCCAAGUGCAAUCCUUGA